CAGGCCGUGUCGGUGUUGUAGCUGGACCCGCGUGUGUCAAAGACAAAGCUCAGCCGGUUGGCGAGCAUGCAGUCGCACUGGCCCGUCUGGUGGUGGGCAUCGGCUGAGAACUCAGACUCGUGGAGCGGCUUCUGGCGCACCUGGGACCCGCCGACAAAGACGCCCAUCGUCGUCGUCUCGACGCUGCUGCCCUGGAGUGCGCGGUAGGUGACUUCGAUGAACUUGUGCGUCUGCGGCGUCAUAAGCCGCGCCUCGGCCGUCGAGAUGCCAAAGGCGCGUUGGCCAAAAGUGUCAAGCCAGCAAGGAUCGAGGCACGGUCCGUCCAAACCUAGCCGGGGCCGCGUCCGACCUUAUUCCGUCCAGCGGGAAGUGCGCAUCGGGACCUCUAUCCGCGAGCUUCCGCCGUGACACCCACCACCAGGACGCUCAUAUCAUGAAGCUGGGCGCAGCCUGUACCCGAUCCUCUACGUGCUGUCUGCGGGGGACUUGUUGGCUCAAGGGCUGGAGCAUGCCAGACGAGACGGCGUCGACGGAAGCCAGGCGUUCCAAUAUUAUCGCGCUCGCAUGGCGGGCGCUCGUGAUGGAGGAACGGCUGCGCUCCAGACUCACUGCUCCUUCUUAUUCUCUCGACGCUGUGGAAUACGUACCUCGGGCCCAGAGCAUCCUCUGCAAGGUCGGACUGGACCUGGUCACGCUUGCACCGAUGCUCAACUCCUACUUCUUCGACAUGCAGUCCCUCAGCGACUACGGCACCGCCAACCGGGGUCUCUUGCGAUGGUUUUCUGCGGCGCAGCGCAUCAAUGACAGCUUUCCCAGGGCGUGCGUUGAGGGCAUCUUCUUCUGGACCUCUGCCACAGCUAUCAAUCUGGCUCUGGUCCCGCUACAGUUCCAUUACAUACUGCAGGGCAUGGCAGGUAUCGUCUGGCUAUCUGUGCUCAGCACGAAGAACUCGACCGCACGGAAAGAGGCGGCUCAAAUCCAGUCGAAUCACCCGCUCGUUGCAAUCCUGCCGCGGAACUGUACAGGUCAAGAGGUUGCCGUCCGGCUGCCCAUCGCCGAGGGGAUCGAGUGACUUUCGAAUCCAAGGCAAAGGCGAGAUAGGUCCUCGCCGUUUGCCCGC